AUGGGAUCCCUGAUGCCCAACGUCGUCGUCGUCGUCGCCGCCGUUGCCGCCGCCGUCCUGGCGGUGCACGUGGCCGGCGUGUCGUGCUGGGCGCCGCCGGGCCCCAACAUCACGACGGACUACAACGGCAGGUGGCUCCCUGCGAGGGCCACCUGGUACGGCCAGCCCACCGGCGCCGGGCCCGACGACAACGGCGGCGCGUGCGGGAUCAAGGACGUGAACCUGCCGCCCUACGCCGCCAUGACGUCCUGCGGCAACCUCCCGCUCUUCAAGGACGGCAAGGGCUGCGGCUCCUGCUACGAGAUCAAAUGCAAGGUGCCUGAGUGCUCGAUCCAGCCGGUGAGGGUGUUCAUCACCGACAUGAACUACGGCCCCGUCGCCCCCUACUACUUCGACCUCAGCGGCACCGCGUUCGGCUCCAUGGCCAAGCCCGGCCUCAACGACCAGCUCCGCCGCCGCGGCAUCAUCGACCUCGACUUCAGGAGGGUGCCGUGCAAGUACGUGGCCGGGCAGAGAAUCGUGUUCCACGUGGAGGAAGGGUCGAACCCGUUCUACCUGGCGGUGCUGGUGAAGUUCGUGGCGGUGGAUGGCAGCAUCGUGCAGAUGGACCUCAAGGACCAGGCGUCGCCGGAGUGGCAGCCGAUGAGGCACUCCUGGGGCGCUGUCUGGAGGUCCGACACGCCCAGGCCGCUCAAGGGCCCCUUCUCCAUUCGCCUCACCAGCGAGUCCGGCAAGACGCUCGUCGCCACCGACGUCAUCCCAGAGAAGUGGCAGCCCAACACCGUCUACAACUCCAACAUCCAGUUCUAG